AUGGCCUCCAGGCAGGCUGCCGGCAGGAGCCCGGGGGAGAAGCGCAAGAGGGUGGUGCUGACCCUGAAGGAGAAGAUCGACAUCUGCACGCGCCUGGAGAAGGGGGAGAGCAGGAAGGUCCUGAUGCAGGAGUACAACGUGGGCAUGUCCACCCUGUACGACAUCAAGGCCCACAAGGCGCAGCUGCUUCGGUUCUUUGCCAACUCGGAUUCCAACAAGGCCCUGGAGCAGCGGCGCACCCUGCACACGCCCAAGCUGGAGCACCUGGACCGCAUCCUGUACGAGUGGUUCCUGGGGAAGCGCGCCGAGGGCGUGCCCGUGUCGGGCCCCAUGCUCAUCGAGAAGGCCAAGGACUUCUACGAGCAGAUGCGCCUGACGGAGCCCUGCGUGUUCUCUGGCGGGUGGCUGUGGCGUUUCAAGGCCAGGCACGGCAUUAAGAAGCUGGACGCGUCCGGCGAAAAGCAAGCGGCCGACCACCGGGCGGCAGAGCAGUUCUGUGCCUUUUUCCGGAGCCUGACCGCCGAGCACGGCCUGUCCCCGGAGCAGGUAUACAACGCUGACGAGACCGGCCUUCUCUGGCGGUGCCUGCCGACUGCCAGCCCGGAAGGCGGGACGGCGCCCGGCGUCAAGCAGAACAAGGACAGGCUGACCGUCCUCAUGUGCGCCAACGCCACCGGCUCGCACAAGAUCAAACCCCUGGUGAUCGGGAAGCGCGGCGGCCCCAGGGCCUUCCGGGGCAUCCAGCACCUGCCGGUGGCGUACAAGGCCCAGGGCAACGCCUGGGUGGACAAGGAGAUCUUUUCCGACUGGUUCCAUCACAUCUUUGUUCCCUCGGUGAGGGAGCACUUCCGAGCGGUGGGCCUGCCCGAGGACGGCAAGGCCAUCCUCCUGCUGGACGGCACCCGGGCGCGCCCGCGGGAGUCCCAGCUGGUUUCCGACAACGUCCUCACCGUCUUCCUGCCCGCGGGCGCCACCUCCUCCAUCCAGCCCAUGGACCAGGGCAUUCGGAGAGAUUUCCUGAGGAAUUUCAUCAACCCCCCCGCCACGCUGCAGGGCCGUCACCCCCGUUACAGCAUGAACGAUGCCAUCGUCAGCGUGGCCUGCGCCUGGAGCGCGGUCCCCCGCCACGUCUUCAGCCGGGCCUGGAGGAAGCUGUGGCCCGCGGUCACGUUCGCCGAAGGCUCGUCUUCCGAGGAGGAGCCGGAGCGUCUCCAAACGAGGCCUCACGACCAAACUUUCGCGCACAUCCUGGAGCUCGGGAGAGAGGCCCCGGCGCGCCCCGGCAGCCGGCUUCACCGGGGCGCGGCCGCCGAGGGAGACGGGCUGGGAUGCGAGGCCGGGGAGGGCCUGGCCCCGUCCGCGGGGGGCCCAGAGCAGGUGGAGAAGGAUGGCGACGAGGUGGCCUGGGAGCAGGCGGCCUCGGCCUUUGACUCUGUCGUCCGCUUCGCCGAGGGACAGCCCUGCUUCACGGCGCAGGAGGUGGGGCAGCUGCGCGCGCUGCGCUCGGUGUUCGCGAGGCAGCGGCAGGCGAAGGGGCGGCGCGUGGCCCUCAGGGCCGCGGUCAAGCUCGAGGCCCCCCAGGAGCUCUCCCCUCUGCCCUGCUCGUCCGCGGCGGCCGAGGACUGA